CACUUAUGGCCCUGGGAUUGCUCGUGUGCUAUCAGGCGGGGUUGUUCGGAAUUGUUGUGUCCGCGCCGUGUAGGUUUUGGCUCUGCGAAGAUGAGGUGGCGGGUCGAGAGGCGACGGUGUGCAGAUUGGAUGGUGUAGGACGUUGGAAGGCGAAAUGCGCGCGACGAUCGUGGUGAAUACGUGCAGAGAGCGACGAAAUGGCUGCUAUUCGGCGUUAGCUGAUGCUGUCUUUGGAUUCCAGGCCACGCCAGUGUUACUUUUUCGCAGCUACCCAUGUGACAUGUUCAUAUGUGAUUUACUCUUGGCUGUUUCGUGCGGGUUUAAUCGCUCAUAGUAUCUGUUUCGAUAGUUCGACUCGGAGCCGCGCCUUGUUGUACGGUUCGCAUGUCCGGCCAGCGCGAAACGUCGGUCGCAGGCUUUCAAGCAGGGGGACAGCUGCCGCUAUGAUGAUUUUCUCUAGUGAUGCGUCAAAGUGGUCAGCUGCUCUGCUGUUCCCUGUUAUUGAGAUGGCUUUCGGCCAUCAAGGCGAGCCAGCCUAGCGCUUGACACUGCGCUACCGAGCCACCAUGUUAUCGCACACAUAAAUUUGGUAGUCUCAACAGCAAAGUUGAAGUUC